AAUACUAGUACUAAGACUAUUCCUCCUACUACUUCCUACCAAAUGAGGCCUAUUCUUUUAUCAUUUUUGAUCUUUUCCAUUUUGAGUCCUUUUCCUUUCUUGACGUUACUUACUAAUAUCUUCCAGCCAAAACAUAUCCUAUUACCCCUUUUUGGAUAACUCCUUUUGCAUUUUCGUUCUUUAAUUGUCUUGUGAUCUCAAAAAUCUUUGAUGGGGAGAUUAUUUGUGUUGACUCUUGAAGGCAGCAUCUACAGCAGCAAGCACUGUGGAACUCAUCUUGCCCUUUCUGAAAACAUUCUUUCCAAGUCUUUCCAGUGCAGACAUGGGAAGGCUUAUCUCUUCAGAAAGGUGGUGAAUAUCACUUCUGGUGAGAUAGAAAAUAGAAUGAUGAUGACUGGUAUGCACACUGUGGCAGACAUUUUCUGUAUCUGUUGUGGGUCAAAUGUUGGAUGGAAAUAUGAGACCGCCCAUGAGAUGAGCCAAAAGUACAAAGAAGGAAAAUCAGUGCUUGAGCGGUUUAAGAUUUCAGGACCUGAUGGAAGCCAUUACUCGGCUAGUCAUGAUAUUCAUGUUGCAGGAAGUGAUGCUGAUGAUGUUUGAUAACCAUCGAGAACAAAAAUUCUAUCCCAAAA